UGGAAUCAGUUCAGUCCAUGACCUUGAUCAGGAAUUGACUGAUCGCAAACUGAUGGACUCCCUUCAAUGGUUACAUGAUCAUUCAGACUGAUAUCAGUCUAAUUGAGAACGGGCUAGAAUAAACACAUAUUCCGUGUUAAAAACUAUGGAUAUUCGUAAAAAAAAAGCUGCUAUUGCAAUAAUAAUUGCUGUGAGUGCAACAAAACGUCGCAUUAGGAAACGGUGGACUAAAGAGUGGCUACUGAAAAGAGAUCAGUAUACGCAUUUGAAGUUGUUGACUGAAAUAAGAAACGCAGAAGAAGAGGAAGACUACGCAAAUUAUUUUCGAAUGAAAGAGGCCUGCUUUGACGACUUGUUGGAAAUGGUGAAGCCAUAUUUGACGAAAAAAGAUACGAUUAUGAGGAAGGCGAUAAGUGCGGAAGAGAGAUUGGCUGUCACUUUAAGGUACCUUGCUACCGGUAGGAACAUUCAAGAUUUAAAAUUCUCGGUUAUAAUGUCACCAGCUGCUAUCAGUAAGGCAAUAAUGGACACAUGUCAAGCGCUGCUUUAUGUUCUUCAAUCUUACAUAAAGAUGCCAAUGACAGAGGAAGAUUGGAAAGAGAUUGCUUCUGAUUUUGGGGAAACAUAUCAGUUUUGGAACUGCUUAGGGGCUUUGGACGGCAAGCACGUUGCAGUUCAAAAACCGGCACAUUCUGGAGCAUUAUACCGCAACUACAAAGGUCAUUUCAGCAUAGUUCUCAUGGCGUUAGUUAACUCCAAGAAACAAUUUAUCAUGAUAGAUGUUGGUGCUAAUGGCCGAAUAUCCGAUGGUGGGGUACUAUUCUAUACUAAAUUCUGGGAGCUGUAUCAAAGAAGUGACUUAAAUAUACCAGAUCCAGCGCCUCUGCCAAAUAUAGAAGAACCAUUUCCUUACGUUUUCAUAUCAGAUGAAGCUUUUGCGCUCGGAAAACAUUUAAUGAAGCCCUACCCACAGAAUGCGUGCAAUAAUGAGCGAAAAACAUUCAAUUAUCGAUUAUCACGUGCUAGAUCAGUUGUAGAAGGUGCCUUUGGGAUACUCAGAUCAAAAUUUGGAAUUUUCCACAAAGCAAUAUGUUUCGAGCCCAAAAAGGCUGCAACUAUAGUAGCAGCGAGCUGUUAUUUACACAAUUACUUGAUGAAAACACAGCCAAGGCUUUAUUUAGCAUCAAACUGGAGAAUCACAAACGCAGAUAAUACUGCAUUACGUGAUUUGGAGCCAGCUAGCAUUCGAAAUUCAACAAGUGAUGCGAAAACAAUAAGAGAAAAAUUUUGUCAUUACUUUAAUAAUGAAGGUAAAUUUCAUUUUCGCAAAAGCGAUUAAGUUAUUGUUCUCAGAAUUACCAACCAGAAUUUUACUACUUUUACUUUACUUUUGCUAAUAAUUUUCUGAAUCAAACGAACAAAUUCCAUACAAUGUAAAUUUGUCAAGGAAAUAAAUUACAUAUUA